AUGACGCGGCGGAUUCUGUUCUUUGUAUCGGAACCGACCAUCACCUACGAUGGCCGUAAACGGACAUACAAGUACGGGCACCCGCGCAACCUCCACCACCCACCCGACGACAUUCAGAACGCCCGGCUCGUGUGCAAGGCAUUCGCCGACCUGGGCGCCGAGUUCCUCCUCCGAAAUCUGGUAGUGUCGGCAGACCUCAAGCAGCUCGCACACGUCAAGGAGAUAGCAGAGCACAAGCGUCUCUGCAAGGCGGUGCGCUCCCUGUACUACGACUGCAGAACCUUCCCCGAUACCUGGCCGGAAGAGCCCGGCAGCGACGCGGAUGACGACCUCGAAGACGUCGAGGAGCACCCGCCUCCGGAGCCCCGGCCCCUCUACCACGAGCAAGAAGACAUCUUCAAGCACUCACUCGACACCGAGUGCCUCCGCGCCGCCCUCGGCACCCUCACCGCCGUGACCCGGGUCCGGUGCAAGCCGCGCGAGCGCUUCCCCCACCACCCGCUCGAGCGCUCCCGCCACGACCCGGGCGACGUCUCCUCGGCGGGCCGGCGCAACAACAACGACGACGACGACAACGGCGACCGGCCCAGCAACGACCGCGACGCCCGGCCGCUCUACCACCUCGCCGCCGCCAUGACGAGCGCGCCCGCCCACAACAUCCGCACCCUCAGCCUCUCCUUCCACCUCACCCUCCUCGCCGACGCCCGCCUCGCCCCGCAGCGCUUCGCCUCGCUCCUCGCCGCCCUCGCGCCCGUCACCGACCUCACCCUCGCCGUGCGCACCGACGACGCCGGCCUCGGCACGCCGCAAGACCUGGCAAAGUACGCCGCCGCGUACGGGCCCCACCCCACCGCCAUCUCCCUCUUCAAAGCCAUCCUGUUCGACCCCUCAGCAUCCACCACCACCACCGCCUCGUCCGCCCCCCUCGCCGCCCUCUUCGACGCCACCUCCCGCACCCUCCACCGCCUCAAACUAACCCUCAGCCCCAUUGGUCGGCGUCGCCGCGACGAUAACUCCUCAACGAGCUGGCGCUACGCCCUCCCUCUCUCCGCCUUCCUCGGGAGCGCCGCCGCCACAACCACCACAUCCCCACCCCCCAUCGAUCCCCCCCACCCCAUCCGCUGGCCAACCCUCCACUACCUCUCCCUCGGCUGCGUCGACGCCACCGCCGCCGACCUCACCGGCUUCCUCCUCCCCCGCCGCCACGCGCUCGCCUACACCGAGUUCGACCGCGUGUGGCUCCGCCGCGGGCAGUGGUGCGUCGUCGGCGCGGUGGCGCUGCGGGCGGCCGGGCGCGCGUGGCGGUGGAGCAAGAUGAAUCGGUUGGGGCAGGUGGAGGCGGUGGAGGCGGUGGUGGUGUUGCCGGGGGAGGUGGCGGGGGCGGUGAGGGAGGCGGAAGAGGGGGAGGAGGGGGAAGAGGGGGAGGGGCAAAGGGGGAAGGGGAAGGGUGGGGAGGUGAGGGUCGCGUGGGAUGAGUGUUAUUUUGCGGCGGGGGAGGACUGUUCGACGUUGAGCGCGGGGGAGGGGCCGGAUGAGGCGCGGGGGCCGGGGUAUGGGUGGCCGGUUUGA